GAUCAAUUCUCCCCAAAUUAUUCUUCUCUCUGGUUUCUUCACUUUGCUCCUGGCGAGCUGUAUCUUCACUGUAUCAAAAUCCCUGCUCCCUCUCUCUCUCUCUCUAAACCUUCUCUGAAAUCGGAAUGCUUCAAUCAUAGGUAUAUAUAUACAGACCAGCAGCAGCGCACGUAUUGCACCUUUUCGUACGCGAUGUCGUCCAGUUUCAGUCUCUCCAGAGCCCCCACGAUCUCCCGGAUGCAAUUGGGCGCCACCUCCAUGUCCCGCCUGAGAUCUUCCUCCAUCAAGAAGCCUCCCGAGCCCCUCCGCCGCGCCGUCGCCGAUUGCUUGUCCGCCGCCGCUCCCUCGCAGCUCGAAGCGUCCAGGACCCUGCGGGAUUACUUGGCAGCACAGGCCACGAUUGACUUGGCAUAUGGCAUGAUCCUAGAACACACUCUUGCAGAGCGGGAACGCAGUCCUGCUGUGGUUGGAAGGUGUGUGGCGCUUUUGAAGCGAUUUCUUUUAAGAUAUAAACCCAGUGAGGAUACCUUACUACAGAUUGAUCGGUUUUGUACUAGUAUAAUUGCGGAGUGUGAUAUGAGCCCACAUCGGAAACUGUUGCCAUGGUCGCAUUCAUUAAGUCAACAAUCAUUAAAUCCAGGACCAUCUACAAAUGUGAAUCCAUUGCCUGUUUCAAGCUUUGCAUCUGGAGCACUUGUGAAAUCCUUAAACUAUGUUCGGUCUUUAGUUGCACAAUAUAUCCCAAAACGUUCGUUCCAACCAGCUGCCUUUGCGGGAGCUGCACCUGCGUCAAGGCAAUCACUGCCAACUCUGUCAUCCUUAUUGAGUAAAUCAUUCAACUCUCAACUCAGUCCUGCAAAUGCCAAGGAGUCUUUGGAGAGCAAGGAUGCAUCUAUUGCAUCUGUUUCUGACUCUCCAAUAGCUGAAGAAGUUGAUGAAAUUGAAAAUGAUGACUUUAUGGCGAUUGAUGUUUUCAGAUGGCGCUGGUCAGGAGACCAACAGCCAUCAUAUCUUUUGCCGAAGAGUGAUCAAAUAUCGAAUCUGCAAGACAUCCGCACUCAUAAUUUCCUAGAAGUGGGUGCAGCAGCUCUUCUUGUCGGGGACAUGGAAGCAAAAAUGAAGGGUGAAGCAUGGAAAAUAUUUGGGAGUGCUGAGAUGCCUUUUCUGGAUCAACUAUUGCAGCCCUCACUGCUGACUACUCUGACCAAUUCGAAUUCAGCUUUUGCUCAUUUGAGAGCAAUAACAGCACUGAAACGCUCCAAACAGGGGACUGAUGAAAUUUGGGAAGAUUCUCCUAUGAGCACCUUUCGCCCCCGCGCAAGACCACUAUUUCAAUACCGCCAUUACAGUGAACAACAACCCUUGCGAUUAAAUCCUGUGGAGGUAUGUGAGGUUAUUGCUGCUGUUUGUUCUGAGACUUCUAAUGUCAAAUCCAAUCAGUUAACUGUGUCAUCAAAACUGAGACAUAGUGGAAGGCCAUCGAUGGAUGCGGCUGUCAGUGUUCUUGUCAAACUUGUAAUUGACAUGUAUGUUUUAGAUGCUGAGACAGCUGCACCUCUUGCUCUAUCCUUGCUAGAGGACAUGCUAAAUUCUCCCCGAGUGAUGUCAAAAACUCGGGCUUUUGAUUUGAUUAUUAACCUUGGAGUGCAUGCGCAUUUAUUGGAGCCUCCAGCACUUGAUGGAUCCACAAUGAUUGAUGAACAGUACUCCCAGGAAGCAUGCUUUGACAAUGGAACUCAAGAUUCAAAUAAUGGGACAAAAACUGACUUUUUCAGGAAAACAGGAAAUUCAUUAGCUAUUGAGAAGUUUGAAUGUUGGAUUUUGGGCAUUCUCUUUGAGGUUAUGCUUCAUCUUGUACAGAUAGAAGAGGAAGAAGAGGCUGUCUGGGCUUCUUCCUUGAGCUGUUUACUGUACUUUGUUUGUGAUAGAGGCAAGAUUCGGCGAAGCAGAUUAAAAGGCCUUGACAUUAGAGUCAUUGAAGUACUGAUGAAGAUCAGUAGAAAAAAUACUUGGGCAGAAAUAGUCCAUUCCAAGCUUAUCUGCAUGAUGACAAACCUUUUCUAUCAAAUGCCCGAGGAACCUGAUAAAAAUGUUCCAGCCAGUCCUUUGUUUCUUGUUAACCAAGUCGAUCUGAUUGGUGGAAUUGACUUUAUUUUUGGGGAGUUAGUGCUGUCAACCUCAAGAGAAGAGAGGAGAAAUCUAUAUCUUGUGAUUUUUGACUAUGUUCUUCAUAAAAUAAAUGAGAGUUGUAUGGCUGUUGGUGUUUCUGAGUAUAGUGAUGAUGAAGUUCGACCUAUUGCUACCUUGCUAGUGCUUGCUGAUGCACCUGAAGCACUGCAUAGUUCUGUCAAGUUGGGAGUUGAAGGCAUUGUAGAACUGUUGAGGAGAUCGAUCUCUGCUUCAUUGUCCACAUAUCCUAAUAAUGAACGGCUUUUGAUGUUAUUGGAGAAGAUUGUUGAGAAAUUUGAUGCCCUCAUAGGAUCAUUUACUCGUGUAGACAAAGAGUUCAUCCAAAUGAUUACUAUCACAAAAUCGUUAAAAUCUAUUGGAAGCAUUGAUGGAGUUCCUGGGAAUACUGCUAUGAGUGCAAAGCUUUGCUGGACCACUUUACAUUCUCUUCUUCACUCUGAACGAGAAUGUUAUCGUCAGAAUGGGUAUCUGUGGUUGGGGGACUUGCUGAUUGCAGAAGUUAACAGGGAAGGAGAUCUGAGUCUCUCAAGUGUUAAAAACUUGGAGCAGAAAAUUUUGCUUGCUGGAGCUAAUGAUUAUUCAGCAUCAUUAGAUAUUCCAUUACCUAUUUGGCUUAUGUGUGGACUUCUCAAGUCAAAAAAUAACCAUAUCAGAUGGGGCUUUCUGUUUGUUUUGGAGAGGCUGCUGAUCCAGUGUAAAUUUUUACUGGAUGAAAAGGAAGUCCAGCAGGCAAUGCGUAGUCAAACUCUGGACCGUAGACAUGACAAGAGUCGUCUCCAAAAAGCAAAUGCGGUGAUAGAUAUCAUGAGCUGUGGCUUAUCGCUGAUGGCUCAGGAAAACGAAACUGAUCGAAUGAAUAUUUUAAAGAUGUGUGAUAUUCUGUUGUCUCAACUAUGCUUGAAAGUAGCACAUACGACUGCAACAAAGUUUGGAGAUACAAUGCACCGGCAAGAUUCCAUGAAUUUAGAAAGAAUGAAAAAGUUAGAUGGGGCAGAACGACCCUCCAUAGCAGAGAACAUUGAUCACAGUGAUUUUACUGGAAGUCCUAGCACUAUAGUUGGAAAAAAUAUGCAGAUUCCAAUUCGCGAUACUGCAUCCAUGGCAGCCCUGCUUCUUCGUGGACAAGCCAUUGUACCCAUGCAGUUGAUUGCUCGUGUUCCUGCUGCAUUAUUUUACUGGCCUUUGAUCCAACUUGCUGGUGCUGCGACAGAUAAUAUUGCAUUAGGUGUCUCUGUAGGUAGCAAAGGGAGAGGAAAUCUCCCUGGUGGCACAUCAGACAUAAGGGCUACACUUCUGCUGCUUUUGAUUGGUAAAUGCACAGCAGAUCCUGCUGCUUUCAAAGAUGUUGGUGGAGAAGAAUUCUUCUGGGAAUUGUUGGAUGAUACAGAUGCAAGAGUGGCAUACUACUCUUCAACUUUUCUUUUGAAGAGAAUGAUGACCGAGGAGCCAGAGAAUUACCAGCGGAAACUUCAGAGUCUUGUUUCAAAGGCUCAACAGAGCAACAAUGAAAAGCUAUUGGAAAAUCCGUACCUCCAGAUGCGUGGCUUGCUUCAGCUGUCAAAUGAGUAGCCAUAUAUUUCACUUUCAGCUACCUGGCCUGAUAAGAAAUUCACUUCAAUUCUCCCGAUUCUCAUUUUCUAGCUGCGAGACGAAUUCAUGGUUAAGCUGUGAAAUAGCUUAUCGGUUUAAACAAAUUGGACGUUGCGCUCUAGUUCUUUUUUAUAUCGGUUCAGAGGCAAUGCUUUCUGAAAUCACCCUUCGGAAGAAUUCUUUCACCAUGUGUAAGCUUGAAGAGUUCUUUUAAAUACUGGUUGAGACUGCAUCUAGGCCCUUACUCAGAGCUGCUGGUAAAUCCCACAGACGAAGUAAAGCCUUUUUUUAUGGCUGAUAAUUCUGAAAUGGCUGCAUAUUUUAUUUAGCCAGCUAAAGCUUCCUUCUGUAUGCUGAAAUUUUGCAAAGUUCUGGUGCUUCCGCCAUCUUCAGAUUGGACAUUAUGUUGAAUUUGUGAGUCUUGGGGGUUUAUUUUUCAUCAACACCAAUGUCUCUAAACUGGAGAACUCGUUUGUUGCCAAUUACUUGUCCGGAUGUCUCAGUUUCCGAAGGAUCGAUGUCUUGAUAUGGACAAGUAGACUGUAUACAGCGUCGUCACUCAGGUUGGAGCACCAUUUUGUACAAUGUACAUACAUGUAUGUAGCUAGGUUGAUGUUUGGGUGUGCUUUUUACGGUGCUCAAGUUUUGGUGAGAAAUUGUAGUUUCCAAUUUUUGUUCCUACAUUUAUUGAUUAGGUUCAGGCAGAGAGUUCAAGAGUGCUAAACGAAUUUUGUCUACUUCACAUUCUCUAACAUGUAACUAGCUUGAGUUUCUAACAUGUAAUUAUUUUUAUUUGUUUCA